GUUUUCUCGCAUUUCGCGGCAGUUCGUUGCACAAGCUACAUCAAUUAUGAAUCAAUUUUUCAUGUUGUCCAAACAGUUCGUGAUUGUUAAAUCUAAAAAACUAAUUGUGAUAAAGUGAGAACAUAGAGGCGAUCGUGUAAUCCAAUUGCAGUGAUAAAAGUGCAAUGAGCGAUAUUUCAGAUAAACAAUUUAGAGGAAUACAGAGAAGAAGUUGCAGUGGUUGAAACUGAAUUUAUUUUAAGGAUUAAACUACAAAAAAAAAAACAUUUGUUAUUACUUAAUUUAUUGUGAUAAUUUAUUCGUUAAAAACGUACUUAAAUUCCCGUGGAAGCUGAUUGAAAAGAUGGCAACAUAUUCUGUGAUUCUUUUGCUUACCACGACCAUCUUGGCGGUUCAUGUGAAUUCUCAACUAUGUUCUCUACGUGACAUGAAGGAGCAUGCAAUGAACGCGUGCGAUAACCUGGCCAGGAAGAUCCGAAGCCCCGAUAGUCACGAGUUGGAUCCGGCCGUGUACUCGUACAAAGUUUUCAAUGAGACUGAAAAUGGAAGACAUCGUCGAGCACUUAACCACGGUUGGCAGGAUUCCUACCCUGAGAACAAUGGCUUCAUUCGCAUAAGUUUAUCACACAAACUCCAGCAAUUUCUAAAUAGAAGAAAACAUUUCCACAUCGAGAGUAAUGAUAUUGGGGAUUCCUUUGACGUAGCUCUCCUUGGAAAAUUCUCCCGGGAACACAGAAGACACCGUCAUGGACAUUCACACGAAAUUAGAACCAAACGAAGUGACUUCAAUGCUCUAGUGACAUACUGCUGUAUUAGUCCAGAGGAUGACGACUGUAAUGACCAUUUGUGCUUUGUGUGAGUGUUUUAUGGAGAUACUGGGAGAGUGAAAUCUGUAAAAGUGCCAGCGAUAAGUGAAAUGAGGGACUAUCUCAUUUAAUUUUAAGAAAAAAACAUCUGUGUAUUGUUAGACUUAAGAUGAUACAAGUGGAUCAGAGAGUAUUUUGUAAAAUAAAAGAAAAUUUUAAGAGC